AUGGAUGAUUGGUCGGAAUAUCUCCCUAUUAUUGAUUUUGCAACGUCGGCCUUACCGCAAGAAUCUGUGGGGAUAUCUCCAUUUAUGAUAGAAAAAGGGUACCAGCCUCGGAUGUCAUUCGAUUGGAAAGGACCGGUUCCGCCACGGAAGCUUACCUUGAACGAGAAGGAAGCUCAAAGCUGGGUACAGCGGCUGCAGAGCGUAUGGGAAUUCGCGAGGACCAAUAUGGGUUUAGCACAAGAGCGACAGAGCAUCCAGGCCAAUAAGAAACGGAGACCUAUCAACUUCGAAGAAGGAGAUCAGGUUUAUGUCACAAAUGGAGGAUGGGAUACCGGACGACCGGGUAGGAAGCUCGGGAAUCAGCAGGAAGGACCUUUUAGGAUCCUUCGACGUGUAGGAAAUGCGUUUGAGCUGGAGUUACCAGAAGGCAUGAGGGUGCACCCGAUAUUUUCACCUGAGAAGCUCCGGUUAGCUGCCGCGACGGAACCGCUUACUGGACAACUUGAGGAGCCGACCCCUGAGCUACAGGUCAAUAGCCAUUCGGAAUGGGAGAUCGAUAAAAUCUUAGCGUCCCGGGUUAUGUGGAAGAAGCUGCGUUAUCGUGUCAGUUGGUUAGGCCACGACCCUGAUCCCAAGUGGUAUCCGGCCAGUUACUUGAAGAACGCGCCGUUGGCAUUACAAGCUUUUCAUGAUAGCAAUCCCCAGUCACCAGGACCGCCGGUUCGAUUGCAGGAAUGGAUACGAGCAGCGGAGGAGGACCGCUUUGUGGAUGACGAGGACGAUGAUGAUGCUCCGGUCACUGACGCUUGCGGGCAAGCGUCUUCCGAAGGGGGGGAGUGA